UUUAGAACACAGUGUGUGUUCUAAAGUCCUUUUGUUGGACUGUCAGGUACUCGUUUCCGCUCACACUGGCGCAGACCAGUCCCGGAACGCAGCAUUGUUCCUAACCGGGUACAAUCUCUACACCAGGGCCUCUCUGAAGAGCUUGCUUUGUGGGGCACACUCUGAGCCUCUAACAGGAAUAACUCAGUGGCACCAACAGCCUGCGCGAGCGUGCGACCUCCCUUCGCGUGAAUCGGGCGUUCCCGCAUAUUGAGAAGACGCUUAUAUGCGCGCGUGCUGUGGCGUCAGCGCUAAACGGAAAUAAGAUGUCGACUAACGGGGAGUAUGACUGCAUAGUGAUCGGGGCCGGGGUCCAAGGCUCCUUCACGGGCUAUCAGCUGGCAAAGAGGAACCAGAAGACUCUGCUACUGGAGCAGUUUGUCCUACCCCACAGCCGAGGCAGCUCCCAUGGCCAGACCCGCAUCAUCCGCAAGGCCUACGAGCAGGACUUCUACACCCAAAUGAUGGAGGAGUGCUACGAGCUGUGGGCCCAGCUGGAGCAGGAGGCGGGUGUCAAACUGUACAGACAAACAGGACUCGUGGUGAUGGGACCAGAGGACAGUCAGAGUUACCAGCUGAUGAAGGACACCCUGCAGAAAAACAAGGUUCCUAUUGCAAUCCUGAACCGUGACAACUUCUGCCAGCACAUCCCCAAUGUCAACCUUGCUGUGGGAUAUGGCGCGGUGGUGGACAUAACCGCUGGAGUUCUGUAUGCUGACCGUGCACUCAAGACUGUACAGGGGCAGUUUGUGAAGUUUGGUGGGGUCAUUAGAGACAACGAGAAGGUAACUGACAUCAAGCCUGGCCCUGUUGUGACAGUGUCAACCUCUGCUGGUAUUUAUCGAGCCAAGAGUGUGGUGAUCACCGCUGGACCCUGGGCUAACAGACUACUGGCCCACACUGGCUUACAGUUGCCACUCAAGGUGGUGAAGAUCAACGUGUGUUACUGGAAAGAGAAGGUUCCAGGGACAUAUAACGUGAAGCAGCGCUUUCCCUGCGUCUUGCUGACCGAGUGCGAGGAAUUCAAAUAUCACAUCUACGGCCUCCCGUCCAAUGAGUACCCGGGCCUCAUGAAGAUAUGCUACCAUAUGGGCAGUGAGACAGACCCAGACCAGAGAGACAAGCAGACAGACAGGUCUGAUAUUGACAUCCUCCAGCGCUGCAUUGCUCGCUAUUUUCCUGGCCUGGUCCCUGAACCUGCUGUGGUGGAGAGCUGCAUGUACACGCUAACGCCUGACCAUCAUUUUGUGCUGGACCGUCACCCCUCCCACAGCAACAUUGUGUUUGGAGCAGGAUUUUCAGGUCAUGGCUUCAAGUUUGGACCAAUCAUUGGAAAGCUCCUGUGUGAACUCACCCUGGGAGAAGUGCCCUCCUAUGACCUUUCACCUUUUCGAAUCAGACGCUUCCUGGAUGAGACUAAAUCAGCUUUAUAGAGCUGGGGCUGGAUACUAAGAGCAUCAACCGCCACCUGAAGUCACCAGAAGCCUUUUCUAAUUGUGUAGUAUGAUUUGAGAUUGUCAUGGUAAUUUAACCCUAUGUUGUUCAGCGUAAUCACACAAUCAUCUAGGCCUAUGUUUUAUCUGCUGCUUUAUUUGAUGUUCCUUUCCAUUUUGACAUGGCGUAAUCAGCUGUUUAAGUCAGUGUAUAUACCUGCAGAUGCAUCACCAACUUAGAGUCCACUCUAUGCAGUUGUCUGAUUUCUUGCAUCUUUUGACAGCAGAUCCAAACUUUCCCAGCCGGGCUCCUCCACCACUGAUUGCAUAACCAGCUAACAAAGUCCUCCAUUCAAUUCAAUUCAAUUCAAUUCAGUUUAUUUGUAUAGCCCAAUUUCACAAAUUACAAAUUUGUCUCGGAGUGCUUUACAAUCUGUACACAUAGACAUCCCUGCCCCAAAACCUCACAUCGGACCAGGAAAAACUCCCAAAUAACCCUCCAGUUACAUGGACUCUGUUCCAUGUAACUGGGCCUAGCACAGCCGUACUGCCCAUAACUUUUCUGCCAAUAUUAAUUUGUUAUGAAUUCUGGUGCUUUUUGCAUAUCAUUGUGGUGCUUGGCUCGCACUGGGUACCACUAACUCAACUUGUUGCGUUCCUUUGUUUCAGUCCGUAUCUUCAUACAGUAUUUACCACAUAGACAAGAGUGUGGUAUACAUCUUCACUUCUAACUCUGGGCAAUAGAGAAAAUAAGUGCAUCUACCAAAAUGAAGCCUGGUUUCUGUAAGUGGUACAUGAACCUGAUGUCCUUGUCUAGAUUUAUCCUGGAGAAAUACAUACAAACCAAACAGGGUUUUCAAAUCAACUGGAGCCAGUAUAGGGUGUGGAGGAGCAUUGUAGCAUGGGAAAACUGCAGCAAUGCACUUUUCUUAGGUUUGAAGAUGGAAUAUAUAUUCAAAAUAAACUGAAUUGGAUUGAAAAUGUAACUAUAGACACAUAUUCUGACUGAAGAAAGUAGCUUCUUGAUAAGUCUUAUUUCCAAAAGUUACCUUUCAAAUCUUUGCGAAAAUUUCACACAGUGUAUAAAUAUUUUCAAAAGAAAAAGCUGUGUUAUAUAUACAUUGAUUUCCCCUAUGUAGGGCGGACACUUUUUUUAAUAGUGGUGAAACAUAUGAACACGGUGUGGAGACGUCACCAUGUCACCAGAAAACAGUCUACCUGAGCUGCAUAUGGAGCUCCACAGCUGCAUAUCAGUAUGUAGUAUACUAGUGUCUAGCAACUUUGGGAAAUUGUAAAUACACCCAUCUAUGAUGAAUGGUAGUUUCAAAAAAAGCUAUAAUCUUAUUGGCUUUUAUGAUUUCAUGCAUCAGUAAAUUUCCCUCCAGCUGCCUUCCCAGCAUUCCCCAUUUUGCCAACUAAGUACAUGGUUAAAAAGACAUCAGCCGUCGGGCACUUUGUGUGCAUGUGAAGCCAGCUGCGUGCUUUAGCUUCAGAAGUGGCCUAUUGCCUGGACCCCUUUCCCCCAUUUACCGGUAAGCAUUUGAAUCACUAAUCAGACGGCCUAUUACAAUGGAUUCCAACUACGGCCAUCAGUGGGAAUGGAAAAAUUUGUGUGGAGUUCAGCAAACCAUUUGCUCGGAUAGCAAAAGGUCAUUAUGCAAAUUACAGAAAUUAGAAGUACAUUAAACAUGCAAAUGCAAAUAUUCCACCACCAAUAAUUAUCAAGCAAGGUCAACUGUAACACUUAUCUUCCCAUUUUUCCCUUUGAAAGGGUUAUUUGGGUGCUUUUCCUGAUUCAAUGUGAGGUUCUGGGACAGGGAUGUCUAUACAGAUUGUAAAGCACUCUGAGGCUAAUUUGUGAGAAUGGGCUAUACAAAUAAAACUGAAUUGAAUUGAACCGUCAGUGACUCGGGCGGAGAGAAAGUCCAGGAUACAAUGAAGUAUAAUAAAAAGUAUUUGAUAUAAAACUGGAA